GCAGCGGAUCGGAGCGGUGGAAUCUAUCGGAUGGUGGCCUCGGCCAUGGACUGGUGACGUCAUGUCAUGGAGGGCCCAAAGAAGGCAGCCAUUGCAUCGGCGUUCAAGAAGUUUGACAUCAAUGGGGAUGGGACCAUUAGCGAGGAGGAGUUGCGGCAGGUGAUGAUGGCUCUGGAUCCUUCCCUGAGCCACAGUGAUUUGGAGAUCAUUUUUUCUGGGGCAGAUCUCAGCAAGGACGGAGCCGUGAGCUUGGAGGAGUUUGCCAAUUGGGCCGCUGAACCUCAAGGAAUGUUCGGCAUGGUUCCGGCCAAUGCGGCCAAUGCCUUGACUCGAGAAGAGCAGGCUGCGUUGAGGAUUCAAAGCUUGGCGAGAGGCCGUGCAGGGCGCAAGAGGGUGAAGUCCGAGAAGAAAGUGGCACCAGUGGCAGCGGCUGGGGCGCCAGCGGUGCAGGUGGAACCCAUCACUCGUGUCGAGCUAUGGGAAGGUUUAGCCUUUGACCGCGGGAGAAUACGUCCCAAGAUUGACGUCUUCGAGCUGGUUUCCGGCUUCAAUGGGUGCAAAAGGACGGGCUUAUCCCCUGUGGUGGCUGACGUCCUAGGGGCCGAUGGGGAGGAUGCAUCCUUUGAUAUGCUGCCGGAGCAGGUAAACCAUUUGGCGCUGAUGAUCUGUGGAAGCAGGGAGCCACUCUCUGAGAUUGAAGCGCGAGAAGAAAUGCUGAAGAUCAAGGCAUUGGUGCAGACCUGUGGUGGUGCCAUCAGAUCUGAGGAAAGGAUGGCACUGAGACAUUUCAAAAACUGGUGUACUCUGCUGGCCCAUCUGAUGCAUCUGGACCUCUCCGUCAUUAUCCUCCAGUGGUACUGGUUUGAAUUUGGCCUCUUUCUCCCAACGGUGGAGGUCGCUGAAAUGUUGCUGAUGAGCACCGUUUACAGCGAGCAACGGCUAAAAGCCUUGGCCUCUAGAAAUGACAUGGAACUGGGCGACCUGAAGGGCAAACUCUUGAACUUCCCCUUCAACCUGCGGGACCUCAUGCAGUUGGUCUACAACGGCGGGCUCUGCGGUCGACCGGACUGCCACUGCCUGUUGCCAUCUGAGGUGGAGGCGCUUUGGCCGCACCUCUUAAGGCCGAGGGGAACAUGCCUGGAUCGGAUCUUUUGCUGUCUCUGA